AUGGACUACACUUAUACUAACCCACAGCAACAGUUGCAAUAUCAGCAACAACUACAGCAACAACAACAACAGCAACAACAACAAUCAUCAGGUUUCUCUGGUUACCAAGCUGAAAAUAAUAGCUCAUCUAGUUUCUUUUACCAACAGCAACAGCAGCAGCAACAGCAACCAGAACCCUUCCAUCGUUCCACUGAAGGGUUUCCUCGAAGUGUGUUAGACAGAGCAACUGCUGCUAAACUUCGCUUGGAGAACUAUUACAAAACAGCGCUUGAACAAGCUUAUGAAAGAAGCCAAAGACGUACUGAAAUUGAAAACAAGUUGAGUCAAGAGCACUGCAGCGAAGAAAAGAAAAAGAGACAACUUCAAUCAUAUGGUAGAAAAGAAUCGCAAUAUUUGAGAUUACGCAGAACUAGACUUGGUCUUGAUGAUUUUGUCACCGUCAAGGUGAUUGGUAAAGGUGCUUUUGGCGAGGUGCGACUUGUUCAAGCAGGAGAUACAGGCAAGAUUUAUGCCAUGAAAACAUUAAGAAAGUCAGAAAUGUUGAAAAAAGAUCAAUUGGCACACGUCAAAGCAGAGCGUGAUGUGUUGGCAGAAGCUGACUCUCCUUGGGUUGUUCAGCUCUAUUUUUCUUUUCAAGAUACACAGUUUUUGUAUUUAAUUAUGGAGUUUUUGCCUGGUGGUGAUUUGAUGACCAUGUUGAUCAAAUACGAUACAUUCAGUGAACCAGUGACACGCUUCUAUAUUGCAGAGAUUGUAUUGGCUUUAGAAGCUAUUCAUAACUUAGGUUUUAUUCACCGUGAUAUUAAGCCAGACAACAUCCUGAUUGAUAAAGACGGCCAUAUUAAACUAUCAGAUUUCGGCUUGUCUACAGGUUUCCACAAGACACACGACUCACAAUACUAUCAACGACUAUUAGAAGGUGUAUCUACACAACAAGGUAUUGACACAAUUCAUCUCAACACACAGAAAGAGAAAAUUGCUACUUGGAAAAAGAAUCGCCGUGCACUUGCCUAUUCCACUGUUGGUACACCCGACUAUAUUGCCCCUGAGAUCUUUUUACAAAGAGGUUAUGGGCAAGAAUGUGAUUGGUGGUCAUUAGGUGCUAUCAUGUUUGAAUGUUUAUGUGGUUAUCCCCCUUUUUGCUCAGAGAAUCCUCAUGAUACUUACCGUAAAAUCAUGAAUUGGCGCGAAACAUUGAUUUUCCCUGAUGAUCAGCCUAUCAGUCGAGAAGCAGAAGAUUUGAUUCGUCGCUUGAUUUGUGAUCCUGAAACUCGGCUGGGUAGAAAUGGUCCUGAAGAAAUUAAGCAGCAUCCUUUCUUUUAUGGUAUCAAUUGGGAGCAGAUUCGAAAUGAGAGAUCACCUCAUAUACCUCAAUUAAGAAGUAUUACAGAUACUUCAUACUUUCCUACAGAAGAACUGGAUGCUGUGCCUGAGAUGGUGGAUACGCAAAUUUAUCAAACAGACACUGUCAAUGCACAAAAAGACCUUGCUUUUGUUGGCUACACUUUCAAGCGAUUCGAUUAUUUGACAAGAAAAAAUGUGAUUUAAUACUCUAUAAACAAGCGAACAGAUACCUUUCUUCUUACAUCCCACCAUAUACAUAUCAGUCUAGUUUAUUAAGAAAGUGUUCAUGUAUAGUGCAUUUAGCUUUUUAAAUAAACCAAACAAGAUUAGUUUGUUCUAAUGGUGUCCUAAAGAACACUUGAUUAUAGUGUAGCCAAAAAGAAAAAAAA